GGGGAAGUGGGGGAGACUGGCGUAUUCUAUGGGCGGGGCUUUUGCCAGCUGGCAGAUGUUUCCCGCGCGGCCGCGCCAUUCCUCUAGCGUAAACCUACGCGACGCGAAAGUAGUUCCUUCGUAACGCGUUAAAUAUUUCUAACAAUAGCUCGCCGAGGAUACGGCUAGGUGUACCCAGUUAUCUGCCACGAACCGAGUGGACGACCAGCGUUCAACUACCUGCAGGAAACCGUGGAAACUCUGCGUGAAACCGAAGAUGAGCUAUUGCGGGAUUGGUCCAAAGAGAGUCGUCGACCAGGGCAGAGCACGCCGUACCGUUCACCCCAACCGUGUCCACUGAACUUUCCGCGAGUGCAAAUAGUUGUCGAGUUGUGAAUCUUCGCGCACGUAGUGUCUGUGUGCUCGGUGACGAUACCGUACCUCUUCUCGACACAGAGGAUUAACCAAUACAUUCAUUCGUGGUCUAUCGUUGCCAAAGUUCGCGAGUGUCGAUCAGAGAUGGGAAUAACGAGAAUCUAGAUGAAGAAAAAUAUCGAACGAAGAGUUAAAGCUAACCUAUGAUGCGUUGUUCGCUUCGAUGAAAAAGUACAGUGGGAGUCGCAAAGUGUCGAUAUUAUUUCAGUAGGAGAAAUAACUGUUCGAGUGAAUUUUGCGAACGAAUUUCCGUCUAUUCGAGUAAAAUUCUGGCCGUCUCUGUGCUACUCGAAUCGGAGUGUUCCAGGAGGGAACAAGUUUAGCAUGUGCCGCCACGUGAUCGAUUCGACGGAGCAUUUUCAGGCGAUCGUGUUUCGUCUAGCAACGAGUUUCACUGGGAAAUUCGAGAUCGUUGAUUCAUGCCAUCCGCGUGCUCGUGCAUCGAUUGCAGUCGGUCCGAGUGAUCGGUAUAUAGUGCGCCAACGUUGAAGAAAAAUCUUGGUGUCGCGCGUAUGCGUGGUAAAAAUAGAUCGUGUCACGAGUGGGACAAAUUUUGUUGGAAAAAAUUGGAAGCGAGGGGUGCCGACGCGGAGCGAAGGGGCGCCAGAGGAACCAUAGGCGGCGACGGCCCUGAAGCCGGCGGCGGAGUGAUUCGCGGUUCGCUGUGGGGGCCCUCAGCUGUUUCCCGCCAAAGAUCGCCAUUACAAAACGCGUUCGGGCGUUGUGUGUGCGCCGCGCGGAGUGGCUGUCCCGUGGACAAAUCUCGGUGCGUGCCACCGGCGGUAUAAAAUAUUAAUUACGAGUUCCGGUAGAAUUGGUGUGUCGUAAGGCCCUGAGGAGGUGCGCGUUUGUUUUUAGGGUGGAGUGUGCGAGGUUAAGCCCCGUCGUCUUUUUCGCUGCCGCCGACGACGGCUGCUGUGGGACGUGGAAUCGCGCGGCGGGAUUCACAGUGCUACGGACCAACGAGAUAUGUCAGUGUUUGGUAGUGAGGAUCGAAUUCUGCUCGAGGAAAUCGUCGAAUCCGCCGAGGAACAGGAAGUCAAUUUGUGCGGAAGCAUCGGAACGGUAGAGGAGGGCUCGGUGACCACGAGCGUGACGGUCGCCGAGGUUGCUGAUUCGCUAGAGCAACAGCAACCGCAAUCGAAGAGCAACGGCGCGAUAUCUCGCCGUGUUGCUGGUCAGAACGUUGCUCUGAGCAACGGCAACAGCACCAGCAACGUCGGCCGCGUAACGCCGCGUAGCCACAUGGAGCAAGAGAAGAGAAUGCGGCGAGAAAUCGCCAACAGUAACGAACGACGUCGUAUGCAAAGUAUUAACGCCGGUUUCCAGUCGCUGAGGACGUUGCUGCCGCAUCACGAGGGCGAGAAACUGUCUAAGGCCGCGAUACUUCAGCAGACGGCGGAGUACAUAUACCAGCUGGAGCAGGAGAAGACCCAGCUGUUGUCACAGAACUGUCAGUUGAAGAGAUUGGUGAACCAGCACGAGGGUGGCGAUGUUCCCAUCAAGAAACGCAAGCCAGACAACCAAGGUGUUGUCGUUAGUCUACCAAUGCACGUCAGCGAGAGCGGUGACGAGGGAUUGGGGAGCAUGUCCCCGGAACCCUUGUCGGUGAUAACAGUGACCACAGAGGGACACUCCGUGGUCAACAGCGAGGUGGUGGAGCUCAGACGGCAGUUGGAAAGGGAGCGUCACACGAGGCUACAUCUGGAAAAGCAGAUGAGAGCUAUACAAAGUCAACUGUACCCGGAAAGAUUCAGGGACAAUCAGCUGAUCACUUAUCAGCCGCACGAGGUGAUCGAGCACACGGACAACGUGAUCGCUCAGGAGACGGAGGAAGCGGUCGCAGCGCUUCAGGUAGUGUCCGUGGUGUCCCUGCCACCGGUGGGUUCGACGCAAACAGUGGAAACGUCUAGUCCUGAACCAAGUUCGCCGCCCCUGUCGCCGCAGCCCACCGACAUGGUGGCAGUGGACAUCAAGGAGGAAGAAAUGUGCCCAGGAAGCCCGAAGAUCGUCGCGUUCAGCCAGAAUCCAACGUUUGCCACCAUCGAAGAGCCCACCACUGCUGACUCUUUCUCCUCCUCGAGUCGCGUCACGUACGCCUCGAGUACAGGAGACUUCAAGAACUCGUCGCCACAGUACAUCACAGCCAGCCCUAGCAGGCCGUUCUCGCCUGUAGCAGAGCCCCAGCGGUUGCCCAGUGUUCUGGAGGCGGCGAUAAAGGCGGAACCUAAGGUCGAAGUCGAGAGGUUGCCAUCUCCAUCGAACACUCUAGACGACGGCACGCCUCAGGGUAGGUUGUACCUGGCGAAUACCUCGCGGCAGAACCUGGAGACCAUCGUCGAGGCGAUACGUCACCUCGAAGGGGACCAUCUGUUCAGCGACGAGCCAGCGCAGGACGUGCCCUUGGCGUUGACUAACAAGCAAACGGGGAACCCAGCGGUGAAGUCCUCGACGUCGACGACCAGCCCUACGACGGCGAAGCAGCGGCUACUGCAGGCCGAGUUGUUCCAGUUCCACAGACAACAGCAGACCCAGCAGCGACCAGGCGUGAUCGUGGUGAAGCACUCGUGAUCGAAAGGCGCGCCGCGAUCAAUAAACUGAACGCGCUAAACUGCUGGCCUCUUGGGAACGAACUGGCGUCUGAGCCGCGAUCGUCUCGGAACACGACGUAUCAUCCGAGUGUUCGUUGUUUUAAAGAGUUGAGACGAUCCUUGGACAGUUCGACCCUUGGACGCUCGAGCCGCGGAAGCUCCGUUCCCCUCGAUAAUCGACGCUCGAGAAGGCCUCCUUGAGUUUGCCGUUGAUCACCGACCUAACGGACGUCCGACGAGUCUGGGUCCGGUGUUUUCGUAUGUUCCUACUGCCCGUCGUCUGCCUUCGUUUCGACCAUCAUCGAUCCCCACUAGCGUUGGGCAGCCAUCGCGAUUCAUUCGCGACUCCUUUUGUAAUUAGCACGGUUGACGGGUCGAUCGGUAAUCGUGGGCCACGUUGAUUCGUUUUCGUAAUGUAGGUCUUCGUUGAUCGUUGAUUGAUAUUCGAUUCGAAGACGAACAGCGUGGUCCUAGGUUGGUUAAGUAUGUCUUGGAUUUCUCUUGUAAUUAUUGUUCACGAUUGGUAAGCUGUGGGAGACUCUUUACAGAAGAUAUAUGCACUGUGAAUCCUUCUAGCGUCGAUAGAAAUCAAAGAAAUAAUUGUUUUUAUUAAACGUCUUGCUUCGAAACAUCAGAGUUAACCAGGAUUACCGAUCACUCGGUGGAUCGCCACGUUUUGCCCAGCCCUGGUACCCAAGAGCCGCGCGAGGAAACCUGUCAUUGUUUGCGUUCGAUGGACGGUAGAUGCGGUCGGGUGGAUCUUGAUCCAGCUACGAUUGGAUCACGACUGUGGAUCGAGCGAGAUCUCGAAACGAAGGUGGAGCCAUGUCGAAGCUCGACGAAAGGAUCCUCGCCCCACCGAGUCGUCGAAACGUCUCCCAGCACCCUGCCCCUUUUACUUCUUCUUGUAAAUACCACCGAUAUACAUAUUAUCCCUUCGAGGUGUCGACGAAUUCUCUGAAUCUCGAACGAUUCUCCAAUCCUGCUGCGCAUCCCGGUUCGAAUCAUCUCGGUCUCCCUCUUGUUCACCCAUCCCCCGUUUCAUAUAUAUCCCCCCUUUCUCACCCUUCCUCCAUUACUCCUCUUCGCGAAUCGAGACAGCGAAGCGGGCGUUUUUCCCCUCGUCGCGUACACGAGGCAGGAUUUUCAUUUUUCUAGACUUAAGCGACUUGCUACCACAAUAAUAAUAUUAAUAUUAAAUAAUAAUAAUAUUCCUAGAUGAUUAAGGCUGCGUACGAUGUAUUGUACCGAUGUAUACAUGCAUACACACGGUAUAUACGUAUAUACACGCAUAUCGAUCCUCCAGUGUAUAUACAUGUAUGUGUAUAUAUAUGUGUAUUCGUGUAUAUGUAGAUAUAUAUAAUGGACAUAUUAUAUAUAUAUAUAUUAUAUAUAUAUUAUACAUAAAAUCUUAUUUACGUUCUUUUUUUACAUUGUUACGAGAAUUAAAUGAAAAAACAAAAAGAUUGAAAAGUAUACACUUGACGACGCUAGGCGAUGAUUCACUAUUCACGCGACGCGCAUGACUUUUUUUUCUCGACAUUCAACACACCGGGGGUUACCAUUUCGAACGUUGCUACAAUGAGAGAAUGGAACGAUUCAAACGAACAAGAAUACAGUUAAUAAUACAUACAUACAUAAUUACAUACACAACGCGACUAAAACCGAGACACACAUGUGUUAUGCAUUGCUUAAUAUUUGACACACAUUAAUAUGCACCGAUGGCCGAUGGACGUCUGAUCGGAGUUUCGCAUAACGGAGUGACCUUUUCGAGGACGAAUUUUAUUUCUCGUAUCGCUCGAGAGACCGCGGACUGAAAUUCCGUUUAAUCUGUGCCAAAUAUCGAGUAUCCAGACUUUUGUUCCUUCGUAGACGCCUAAUACCAGCGACAAUGGCGGAUCGAAGCUGAGGGUCGUUCCCUCCCCUGUAGGAUAUAACCUCAAAGAUGGGUAAACUAGAUGAAAAUUAGAACGAGUGGAAAACGAACCACCUUUUGAUCGGUAAUCGAUGAACCAUGACACAGUCAUUUAUUUAAAACAUACACUCCAUACAUUUUCUGAGAAACCUUUUCCCGCAAGACUUUUCUAGUCUUUUCCAGCCCAGAAUUCCCUACUCGCGUGCAGCUACGGAUGUUUCAGAAUUUUUUUCGUGUCCUUCGAGGGAAGGAACGAUCGAUCCUCGGAUCGACCCAUGUCGCGGGUGGGACAGAACACGUUUCCGAUUCCGUUCCCACGCAUACGCGAUGGAUAUACAACUCUGUUUUAUGUUAACACGAGCUCGCAUUCACCACCACCACCACCACCAUCAUUAUCAUCAUAUUUUUCAAUUUAUCCUUUUCGUCCGAUUCGAAUUCCGACGAUGUCGAUUUUUAAAGGACUGAUAAUCACCGAUAAUCCGAUAGACCAAUUCUUACAAGCGUUAUAAUAUCGCACGCGACAGAAUUCUUUCCAAGGAGAACUGACGUCGAACGAAAGCGCGACAACCGACGUCGUGCUUUUGGAAACGACCCACUAGCAUAUGCCUACGCGAUGGAUUUAUCUUUAGGUACUCGUUUUUAAGUAUGUACGUAAGAGAGUUGAGCGAGACGCCAGGCAUAAACGACCGAUAAAACAAGGUGUAUGGUUAAGCAAAAAAAAAAAAAGCAACCUUUAGUUAACGUUUAGCGGUUAGAUUACGUAGGAAUUGUUAGCCGAGAUACACGAUGAAAUACAACAAAACCAAGUUAUUAAUAUUGUCUAUCGGUAUGAUAAAUGUGAACGCUAAUCCGUAACUUGUACUGUGUGUAUAUACUAUUUAGCGAUGUUGCAUACGUUAUACACGUGAUUACCUAAACAGAGCGUACGACGUUGAAGGGAUUAUGCUUGCGAAUGUUUAAACAAAGCAAACAAAAGAAAAAAAAAAGAAGUAAUGAGAAACGAGAAACCGAUCGCUUUCUCGCGCCUGGCUCGAACCCUUUUCUAUCGCGCGUUCAUCGUUUUUCUACGACUUUCGACUAUUUCGACCCGUUUUUUCAACCCCCUAGCAACGUUUCGCGACGCUGAGGAAUCCUUGGGGGCGAUCAUUUGUAUUCUGUGUCGCGGUAGGCGCGAGAAGGCGAACGCUACGAACCUAAGAUCCGCGAUGAAAGUGUAAUUAACGUCUUAGAUGUUUUUGGAGGAAUCCCUCGCUGGGACAGAGACGGGCUAAACUCUCAUUCGAAGGAACCGUUUCGAAUAACGUAGCUGGAAUUGUGUAAAAAUCGAGUAAAACUUAGAGUUUGUAUCAUAGGACGAAAUUAUAUUUCACGGUGAACGAAUAAAAGCUUGUGUCUUCAUGACUCGUUCGAUGGAAUAAUUAUUUGGUGGAUUAAAAUUACAAUCUGGACUGUAUAAUGAAAUUAUAGCUGAACGUUGAUCCAUAUUCAAUUCAAAAAUAUUCAUAUUGUUCGAAUAAUGCUGUUCGAUUGAACGAAAUUUGCGAAUGAAUCACAGAGGCUUUUAUUCGUCAUUAAUUAUUCGAAUCUUUCGCCCAUCUCUGCCCGAGGGUGGCACGUACAACGGCAUCUCGACGUGGAUGUUAGCGCGAGGACGCACGAGGGCCUAAGAAGUCAAAACACGAGAUUCUUCGGGCGUUCCCGUCUUCUUUUACGUUUUCCCCUUUUUCUUACUUUUCCAAACGAAUCUCGCUGCCUUUCUUUCGCGAACGAUCAACAUCCCCUUCUAGGGUUGCCAACUGGAUCACAUAUAAAACAAGCUCGUAAUAAAUUUCCAAUUUUACUAGGUAAGCAUAAUCUUUAGCGAAUAAAUAAAUAAUGGAUAAAUGAUUUACCUUGGACUAGCUACCAAUAUCAUUUAUUUAUUCGUUAGAAAUUAGCCUUGCCUUUUAUUUUCCACUUCGAUUAUUCCUAAAAAAUAAAACACCCCAAAUUUUUGCUAUAAUAAAGUACAAAGAGCUGAAAGGAUUGUUGGCAAUCCUAAUUCCUAGCGUUUCACCUUCGUUUAGAGUCAGUCGUCGCGUGUAUGCGCGCGCUCGAAUCUCUGUUUAUUUUGCUCCGAAUACGCCAUGUUUCUUACACAAUCGUAUCACACUGUCAGUUUUGGUUUUUCGUUGAUCGUUUAACCCUGUGCCACUCUGACGUCGCACACCUAUAUCGCUUCUUGGCGUUCGCAGCAACGCAACUAAACGAAAUUAAAUUUAACCAGCCUUUUUACGUUUGCAUUUCUGAAAAACACUUCGAUGAUUACGCAACUCUUGAGACAUAGUUGUUUUCGUAUCGUUUCACAAUGAAAUUUAUGCAACAAAAACCAGAUCGACGUACGUUCAGUCACUGUCAAUGCCAAGAAGCGGUAUACCUAUAUUUUAAAAGUCUGAUUUCAGUUUUAUUUUUUUUUUUUUUUAUUUUUCUUAGCAAUGGGUGCCAUUGUAGCUCCGCAGCAAUAUGGCCACCGACCAGAACAGUUGUUAAUUACAAUUUCUGACAUUGUGGAUACAAUGUUGAAUGGUUCUUUUUAUUAAAAUCUAUUCUUCAAUUAAUAUUCCGUUGUCAAUGUUCACCGAUGUCCUAUUGUGUAAUUGUUUUCAUAGACGAAUGAUCAUUUGAAUUAUAAGAGUUUAACGUAUUCUUUGCCACGAUUCAUUUUAGAGGAACUUACCCAUUGCUAAUAUUUACGAAAGCUUUCAAAGUACACGUGACACGAAGAUGCAAAAAUUGAAUGCAUCGUUGACCUGGUUAAAUAUUUCUUUUUCGCUAUUUUAAAGGAUACUUUAUGUGAAGCAUUAACCUUGCUUGCAUAUUCCACGAUCGUUCACAGUGAUUGACGUGAUAACAACUGCAAGCCAAAGAUCAACCAGUGAUUUCUCACUCGAUGUGCACGAUUGUUGGAUGAUUGCAAGAUUCGCGAAGACGUUGAACUACGUCAUUGCCUCUCAGCUUCAAUUUUAAGAGAGCUGGGUGCUUUCGGACACCGAUGUACCUUACGCGUAAAUGUCUCGUGGCAAGGAACGUGUUGGCACGUUUCACGUGUUCGAGCGCUUCCAUAAAUGUUUGUGGACGAGCGCGUACAAUGUAUACGAGAAUGUUGCGCGCAUACAUCGCGUAUAAGUAAGAAAAUAAACAAGCAAGCAGACCCACGCGUAUUUACACGGUUUACUUUAGCGAGCGUUUAGGAGGGGGGGGGGGGGGAAAGAGAACCUAAUAGCUCGUUCAACCCGAGCAGAUCUCGUUUUCUCGCGAGCUGUUCGUUCUGAAUGUCUUUACUCGAUUUUUUGAUCCUCUAUAGACAUCUACACACCGAAAUUCCUUACAAACAUGCGUACGUUCAAUGUAAACACUACUACACUUGACGCAAACAGGUUCAAACGCAUCUACACUCAUCGCAUUCGCACAGAAACGCGUCCACGUCCUGCUCAAACACGUCCAAACACAAAUCCAUUCGAUACGAACAUGUAAAAACGCGUCAGAACAUUUAUAUACUUCGCAAACGUACUCGAACGUGGGUGCGGUCGACACGAACACGUAUUCAUCACAAUCGUACACAGACACAAGCACACUCGACACAGACAGGUCUAAAUUUGGCACAAACACAUCCAAACCAGACACUUGCGCGCGCACAGCCGGUUUCUGUUCCUUACGUUCGCGAAGAGAAGACGUCGAAACGAAGUCCUCAGGGACGAUAAGAACGCGUAGAGACUGUAACUUCGUGACCUGGUGCGUGGGCGGCUCAAUCACGCGUCUCAUCCCUAUACGCCGUGAAGUCAAUUCGCACGGGAACACGUUGACGUGUAUUCAAAGUCGACGACUGCGUUUCACAGAAAGAAAAUAAUAAAAUUAUUCCUUUGCACAGUCUCGAUCGAGCUAUCGUUUACUAUGCGUCUCGACUCUUCGUUGAAGAUAAAUGUUUGGAGCACGGACAUGUUGGAAUUCAAUUUACCGAAUUAAUAUAUGCAAAAGGAUUUACUAAAUUAAUGUGUAAAAAGACGUAACGACCCCUUUAGAAUUCUUACGAUGUUACUGUUAAAUUUUCGAAAUUAACGUAUGAAAAGAAUUUACUAUAUUAUGCGAUAAUGUAUUAAAAAAUGUAACGAUAUCGUUAGGAUUCUUUUUAUAUGUUAACUCGGUGAGGUUGCGACAUUAUCGGGUCUAAAGAUGACUCUGCAACGAAACGUCGAAAACGUAUGGCUAAGAAUUAAUUACUUUCUUUAAAGGAUGAAGUAAAAUUUAUAGAGUUCAAGUCCAAGGAGAAUACACGUCAGCGUCGAUCGUCUCGUACGUGGUGAUCGCGAAUCUUUUUUACGAGUUUCUAAAAUAACGACUGAGUCAUAGGAACACAAUUGCGUUUUGAUUGCUUCGAGCAAUUACGAGCAAUUACGCGAGCAACUUGUCCUCCCUCCGAUUCCCAUACAGAGACGGGCAAAAUCUUAUCCAAACAAGCGUUCUCGAGCAACGAAGAAAAGACAAACACUUUUUUAUUCGUUGCUCGUCGAAUAAAUAUUUGAAUUAGCGAAUGAAAGAUUUCACAUUAAACGAACAAAAUUUUAACUAUUCCGUAAAUUCGACGAAAAUUUUGCACGUCUCUGUUCGCAAUUUCUUAUCGAUCUCUUUGCAUGCCACGUACGGUCGGAUGGUUUGAACAAGAAGAGUUAAAAAGACACAAAAAAGCAAAAAAAAAAAGGAAUAUAUAAUAAUAUAGAAAGAGAGAAAUGAAACUAGGCCGAAGAAACGACGGAUUUAUCGAAUGGUGUUUUCAAUUCGUGACGACAGGUUCUAUACACCGUGUUUCGCGUCAAUUUUUAGAAAGAAAAGUAAACGAUGAACUAAUGGGAAAUUUUUCGAACUCACCGCUACGUAAUUCGACGUUUCCGACGCUCCAUUGAAGAAUGAAAUAUGAUUAAACAAAAAAUAAAAAAAGACCCUUGUCACCCCCGCGAUAACGACGCCCGAUCGGGGCGAGUUUCUUUUUUUAUCGUUGACUAUAUAUAAAUUAUAUAUACAUAUAUAGAAAUAUAUACGCGAAAACAAUGGCUCCUAUAACUUCUUUACAGUUUCGUUAAGAAAGAGGAUAAAAAUGGGAGAACUAAUGGUUCACGCGAAGAAUCACGGCUAGUUGCUAAAGAAACGCUAAUUAAAGAGAGAAAAUGUGUGUGCGUGUGCGAGUGAGCGUAUGUGUAUCAGAGAUGGGCAAAUCUCUUAUCCGAAUUCAAACUUCGAAUAACGAACUCGAUGGAAUAAACGUUGAGAAUAAAUCGCUAUAGUUUAUAACUAUCGUGUAUUAACGAACAAUGAGUCCCUCAGAAGCCAAACCAACUGUUUCUUCUUUAUUUAAUAUUUACGUAUACUUACUGAUAUGAUUAUUAAAAAAUAAACUGUGAAUCGGGAGAGAGGCUCUUCCACCACCGAUAAAAUUAAAUUUUGCCCAUCUCUGGGGGUGUAUCGCGAAACACCGAAAGGGAAGCAGCGAACGACGAGGCGGAAGACGAAGACGAAGAAUCCUUUUAAUGUUUAGGCGAGCGUGGCUGUGCGGAUAUCGAGCGACUAUAAAUUAAUUAGAUGACAAGUUUACUGUUAAAACUAACUCGACUUGUAACCCUUACGCGGCAAAUGGCGACCGAAAGCUGCGCUUCUCGUUCGUCCGUGGCGCGAAUGGACGACUGACUUUCCGAUAAGAUCGGGGGACCCUCGGUCCGCUUUCUUCAUUCCCAAGAACGUCAGGGACUCGUGAUUAUCCUGAUCUCAGAGGUGGAGCAAAAUUCUAGUCGACAUCGAAAUAACGAACGGUUAAACUAAUCGAUGAGAAUAUCGGAAAGUGAAAGAAUUUAGUUUUGCCAAUGAAAAGAGUAUUACACAAUUAUUUAUUCAUUAAUGAUCGAGUAUAAAAAUUAGGAUUUUUAUUAUGAAAUGAUAUCGCGUAUUCUGUUCGAGAAAUAGAAAUUAUCAGAAUAAAAUUUUGCCAUCUCUGCCUGACGUGACACGGAGAACGCGAAGCUGUUCCACGCGGUUUGCAGGUCCAUCCAGUUCCGACGACGACGAGACCGAAUAUUAAUUAGGCUAUUCCUAAAAGUAUUGCGCAUUUUGCAAGGGAAGAACCUUAUCUGUCGUCUUCUGAUUUUUAUGUGAUUCUGUAGGGUGGUGCGGAGAAGGCUAUGAAAAUGGUAGAUGGACAGACUGGUUCCUUUCUUUGUUAUUCACUCCUCUUCCUGUUGUUUUUAAACCGUCUAUCGAAAUAAAGUAUACGUAUCGAUACAUUGUUGUGAACCUCUCUUUGCGCUGAGUACGAGAAUUGAUCUUGCGUUUUCGUUGCUCGUUUCCUUUAGUUUCAGGCUAAGAAAAAGUUAAGUUUUAAAAAUCUCGAUAAUUCUGUUUUUUUUUUCUUUUUUCUAGAAAUUAUUAUUUAUUCAGUCGAAUGGUUGAACAUGCAUACGUGAAGAUGUAAAAUUUAGACAUCGUAGAGAUCAUAAAUGUAGAGUGAUUUCUAAAUUAGAGCGAUCUGUAAAUUAAAGCUUAAAAAAUGCGCAAUAUUUUGUGGGAGACACCGAUAGCUCGAUAGAGAAGCGGCCGCUGUGUGCCUCGGCUAAGGUGACGAAAUUAAUUGACCGAUUGCUCCGUAUUCUAUUUUUCUAUGGCAUCGUGCUUUCGGUCGCCACAAGCCCGAGGGAAAGACACUGGAUAAGGCACUGUGGUGUCCGAGCUACGGAGCUCAACUUGGACUCUGCUGACCGUAAGUCGUAGAAUUAAUUAAAACGUGCGACAGUCGAACAAAAUAAAAAAGGGUGCGCCGAGAUACGCGACAGGUAUCGCAGAAAUUGGGAACCUUUCGGAUUUGGAAGUUACUUUACCUAUUUCUCGUGUAAGCACGUCAAAUCACGAGGGGAGGGGAAAAAUUGCAAAACUUCGAUGAAGUUGAUCGAUUUAUAUAGUCGACUGUCGGUACGCGGUCCUUAGACAGGUUCCCCAUGCCUGGUCUAACGAUGAGUGAUAGAAAUCGAGGAAAAAAUGUCUAGAUAGCGCGUAAAGGUAAUUAGCGGAACGGUUGAUUAGGUUUUAGCGAGAAGGUUCCGGAAGAAAUGCAUUUCGUUUCGCGAACAGAACUGAAGUAGCAUUUAGAAUUGGUCUUCGUUCAACGUUUGAUUAGCCCCGUGUCUGUGUGCACCUGCGUGCGUGUAUGUGUAUGCUCGACGAGAAAUACAGUUCUUUUUCCUCUUCAUUACGAAGUCAGACUGUCGAAAUCAUCCGGAAUUGAAUCGUGCCAGUCGUCGGAACAGGGUUGGGCAUUAUCGCGUCGAUUACCAAUGAACGAUUAAUUAUACGAAAACGCGCGACACACUUCGUGUUUAUUCUAGUCCAGAAAAAAAAGCUAGAGUAUAUAAAAGAAAUAAAAAUUGAAUUAUUCGAAUCGAGUAAUCGCCGCAAAAGUAAUUUUUUCAUUAGCGAUCGAUUAUUCGAACGAAAUUUUGCCCACCUCUGGCUCGUAUCCUUUUCGAUGAACGUUUCUUUCCAACGAGGAGAGCUACUUUAAUCACUGAAGUAUUAAAAGCGACGUAAAAUAAUCUAAUAACGUUUAAGGAAACCAGAGGUAUCCCAAAGUCGGUUUAGAUAGAAUUAGUUUGGAAAAUGAGACAGGGAGAAAACAAGAUGGACGGAUGAGAAAGAAAAAGAACGCGCGCGUGUGUGUCACUGUAAGCGAAAAUGGCGUACUCUAAGCGUAAUUAUUGUAAGCAAACAAAAAAAAAAAGAAGCGAAAUACACCGACUGCACCGAAACGACUCGAGCGAACCACGAGACACGUUGUACUUCGUUUACGCUCGAUUAACUUUUAUAAGCGAUCAACGAACUCUUCCAAAUUUACCAGCAACAAGACUCGUCGCGUCACGAUAUUUUGUAAACAGUUUCGUUUAGCCCUUCCAAUGAUUAGACGUGACUGUACAAUAGAACUCCAUUUGUUCUACAUAUAACUGGAUGGUGAAACUGGAAUUGACAAAUAGUUUGGAUAAUAAGAGCCCGCCAAAUGUUUGAAUAACGGUUCGAAUAAACGGAGUUCUACUGCGCUCGUUACAUCGAAGGGAUUGGACGAUGAAAAAUGUGUUCUAGGAGGUAUAACGAGAGACUGAAUAGUAGAAGAAAACACGAGGAGCGACGACACGAAUCGAAAAGGAAUUUUCGGUUGGUCGUUGCUCCGAAACCAAACGUGAUCGACGAGCUCUCGCAGCUAACGACGAUCCGCGAGGAGUCGAACCGCGAAUUACGAUUACACGGUUCGCUCGAGUCGAUAGAAUUAAGUUGUAUUUAGUUACUACAUCGACGGAUAGUAAACACGUUUUGGAGGAAGAUCGGGGCGGAUGUUUCGUGCAAUGACUUCAAAGCAGAGGUGGGGAAAAUUGUCGUCUAGAUAAAAAAAAAAACAAUUCAAAUAAUGAAUAAGAAACGAAUGUUCAUCACUCGUUGAAUGAGAAUGAAAUUUUGAAUGUAAAUUUUUAAAAAGAUUGUAAGUAUUUAAUCGAAUAAAUCGCGUCGAUUUUAUUCGUUAUUCGAAUGAAAUUUUGCCCGUCUCUGUUUGGUCGUAUCUAACGAGACACUGAAGAUAUAUACGUAAACGAAGAAGAACGGAGGAAAAUGUGCGGCUAAAUGUUAGAGGAAUUAUUAGACGUGUCGUUGGUCGAUAUUUACGAGCAGGUUUUUAUUUCGUUCGAGUUUCUUACCGCUUGAAAGUUCAAAGUUCAAAAUCACGCCAAGUUCAAGACCACCCAACUUUGGUCCUCUGGAGUUUCUAUCUUCAGAAUUGAACGACGGAACGGUGACGAUGGUAUCCUUAGAAAUAAAGAAUCGCUCGUAUCGAUCGAUGGCAGAUGUGACGAUUUUUCUCGGCGACGUAGCAUUUAUACAAAUCAUUUUGAUUAAACGUUAGAAAAAAGAAGGCGAGAGCAAGGGAGUCGAUACUCGCGAGAAAAACGACUCGACGUUGCGAGGAAUACUAUUCGAGACGAUACGUUCUCUCGUCGGGAUAACGUAUUGUGCAUAUAUGAAAGAUAAUUUAUUAUAUUAAAUAGCGUAUUAUUGUAUAGACGGCGAUGAAACGUUGCACCGCGUCGAUCAGCAAUAAAAUCGUCGCGAGAUGAUUGCUCUCGGAAUAAAGAAAGCGAACGAUAGAUAGAAAUAGGAAAAACGGAAAAAAAAAAAAGAAAA